GUCUUCAAUUUAUCAAUGAUCUCGCUCGUACAACACUCAGUAACGCUCUCACCAUGAAGCGAAUCGCACUAUUUCUUGCACUGGGAUUUAUUUUAAUCAAGGCACAAAACUUAGAAUAUUUAGACCCUGUAAAACUGCAGACCAGAACAACACCACAAAUACAACAAGAAGCUGCGUUGGAAACUAUCGGAAAAUUUACAAAUAAUAAAGAUUUUGUGACAGUGGAAGUGAUUCCUACAUUAUUCAAGGGAAGUAAAGAUGCUUUCACGCUAAAAACGACUCAAGACCAACUACAUAUACGUGCAAGUUCCGGUCUAGCUGCUGUUUGGGGAUUUCAUCAUUUUUUAAAGAAAUACACUAACAGCCAUGUAGGAUGGCAAGUAACGAACAUUAAUAUACCUACUCCACUACCUGAAGUUGAAGAUUUGGUUAUUUCAAAUGACAGAUUUAGAUAUUACCAGAAUGUAUGCACUGCGUCUUAUAGUUUUGUUUGGUGGAACAUUGAUCAAUGGAUGGAGCAUUUAAGAUGGAUGGCCUUGAACGGUAUCAAUUUGGCAUUAGCUCCUGUAGCUCAGGAAGCGACUUGGGCGAAAAUUUAUCGUCAGCUCGGUAUGACUGAAGACGAAAUCAAUCAACACUUCACUGGACCAGCAUUUCUCUCAUGGCUCAGAAUGGGCAAUUUCCAUGGAUGGGGAGGACCUCUGUUAAAAUCUUGGCACGAUAACCAGAAAUAUAUUCAGGAUUCUGUUAUAGACUACAUGUACAAACUUGGUAUGAUUCCUGUAUUUCCAGCUUUCAAUGGACACGUUCCACGGGCAUUCGCUCGCAUUUAUCCCAAUGUAACCUUCUAUACAGUUGAACCUUGGAGCAAAUUUAACAGUGAUUACUGCUGUGGUCUUUUUGUGAAUCCAACUGACCCUCUCUUUAAAAGAUUAGGGAAAAUGUUCUUGGCUGAAACAACAGCAUUGCUACCCAGUCACAUAUAUCACUCUGAUCCUUUUAAUGAAAUAAGGGUUCAACCAUGGUCGACGUCAUUAGUAGAAAACACAGCAAAAGCAAUUUUUUCUACAAUGCUAGAAUUUGAUGCAAAUGCGGUGUGGCUUUUACAAAACUGGAUGUUUGUUUAUGAUUCUAUUGCGUGGUCUUUGAAGAGGGUAAAAACUUUCCUUACAACUGUGCCAAAUGGUCGAUUACUAGUCUUGGACUUGCAGUCUGAACAAUGGCCACAAUAUGAUCUUUAUCAGAUGUACUACAAUCAACCUUUCAUAUGGUGCAUGUUGCAUAACUUUGGAGGAACAUUAGGAAUGUUCGGUAACACACAAACUAUUAACAAUGAUGUUUAUGAAGUGAGAUCACGAAUGAACAGCACCAUGAUUGGCAUAGGCCUUACACCAGAAGGCAUAAAUCAAAAUUAUGUAGUCUAUGACUUGAUGCUAGAGUCUGCUUGGCGGAAACAACCAGUACCUGAUAUGGAGGAAUGGGUGGCCAAAUAUGCCGAAAGAAGAUAUGGUUGCAAUGCUACAUUUACAGCCUGGAAGUACUUACUUCGAAGUGUCUACAGCUUCAACGGCCUAAACCGCAUGCGUGGUAAAUAUGUAGUUACAAGAAGACCUAGUUUUAAAAUACAUCCAUGGGCUUGGUAUAAGAGUAAAGAUUUAUUCAAAGCAUUUGAGGAGUUUGUUUAUGUUACGGAUAACAAUUGCUUGAAUAGUGCAGGCUACGUUCAUGAUUUGGUAGACCUAACGAGACAAGCGCUACAGUACCGGGCUGAACAAAUCUAUACGAACUUAGUGCUUGACAGACUGUCAAAUACUUGGGUCUUCAACGCAACUAUAAACCAAUUUCUAGACGCAAUGUUUGAUAUGGAGAGAAUAUUGACAGCAAACGAACACUUCACUGCUGGCGGCUGGUUGGAUGGAGCAAAGCGUUUGGCUAAUAACGACGACGAGACAUAUUUAUAUCAAUUGAAUUCUAGAAAUCAAAUAACCCUCUGGGGUCCGAAUGGAGAAAUUUCUGAUUAUGCUUGCAAACAGUGGGCUGAAUUAUUCCAUUAUUAUUACAUUCCAAGAUGGUCCAUGUUUCUUAAUGCUGCACUUGUUGCAAAAACGCGGAACGAAAUUUUUGACGAGAAAAGAACGCAGAAUAUAAUAAAAGCCACUGUAGAAAAGCAGUUCCAAUUUGUUAACAUUGAUUCUUUGCCGAAUUACGGUGAUGCAAAGACAUUGGCAGUUUCUUUGUUUCAGAAAUGGUCUAAUAUUCCAGGUCUAGAUGAUCUACCCUUUAAUAUCAUAACAUCAGAUUCUCCGAAAAGGACUACCUUGUCUGAUGUUUCUGAUGAUGAUGAUAGAGAGAUAAUUGAUACACCUACAGUCACAUUACUGCAUUCGACAACUCCUUUAGUUUAGAAUUAAGUAUCCUGUUGCAUGAUUUAUUAUAGUAUAUAAUGUAAAUAGAGACUGAAUUCAAUGUACUAAUGUAAUAAAAUUAUAUCUU